AUGCGCUUCGCAGCAGCAAUCUUCAUCUCGCUCGCCGUCGUGCUGAGCUCCGUCUCGGCCCUUCCGCUUCCGCUCGGCGAGGCAGCUCCUGGGAGCAUCGCCGCAAGAGACAAUGAUGGGCCCAACGUCGGUAGUCAAGCGUUUGCGCUGACUGUGGACAGCGUCAAUCAGCAACUGGACACCUUCGCCGCAGGCUUCCAACAGUUCCUUGCUGGAGAUCUGUGAGUCCCUCCUUUUUUCGCGUUGCACGCAGCACAGAGCCCCACUCUCGCGCUUAUUGCCGCGCCCCCAUUUCUUCGCGCGCCCCACGCAGCGAGCAAGGAGAGACGCUUAAGCUGCUCUUGAACGACCUUACGGACAGUAUCCAUGCAGGAGCAGACGCUCUAUCGAACCCGGCAGUACACAUCGAAGGCAAAGAAGUGCAGGGCGUCCAAGCGCUCUUGAAUCACGCGUGAGUCCCUGCUGUCCGUCAUGAUCUUUCUCGGUGCGCAUCUGCUCACAUGUCCCUCUCGUCGACUUGCCAAACACUAGCGAAUCCACUGUCAAUGCUACCAUCGAGUCGUUGAUCGAGGCGCAGUACGCCCUGCUGAUGGUGGGCGCAGGCAAGUACAUCUACAAAUCCCUCCCAGCUCUCGGUCGAGCCUUUGAAUCCUUCAAAGAUCUCUCCUCCAUCCAAUCCUACUCCACCGAGCACUCCCAAGCCGACUUUAGCGCAGAAGUGCACAAGAAGCUGGACAGGAUUGUCGGUUGGAUCAAUGUGGGAUUGAAUGCUUUUGGAAGAGAGCGCAUUUCGGCGGCUUGGAUCGAGGAAAAGGGUAUUGCGCCUUGCGAUCAGUACACGGACAAGGGUGUCGUUUGCAAGCCGAAAGAAGAGCACUUGGAGAGCCAGGAGGUGCCCGAAGAGCAAUCGCAGACGCAGUCGCACGGCCUCGGACCUGAUGGACAGCCCCUGCAGCUCGAGUCUGAUCCCACGACCAAGGAUGGCCAGCCAGUGGCUGCACCGACCAAAGCAAACGACGCACAGCCAGAGUCCAAGUCGAACGGCGCUGACCAACCUCCGCCACAGACUCUCGAGCCCAGUCCUCAAGAGCAACCCUCGCGUCUCACACAAGCCGGCAACGAUGGUGCCGUGCCUCCCAAGUAG